ACUUUAUAUAUUUUUUUUUUUUUUUUAAUCAGUAAAAAAAAAAAAAAAAAUUAGUCUAAAAUGGAAGAUAUAAAUGAUUACUGGAAAUUGUUGGAACAUCCACCUAUAUUUACCAACAUUGAUUGGAAUGAACAUCAAGGGCAGACAGUAGAAUCACAAUUUAUACCCAUGGAAUACGAGCAACAAAAAGUACCUUAUCAUCAUCCACCAUUUCAAAGGAGACGUAGUUCAUCGGUCGACUUACCUAUUAAUCCGUUAUAUUCCAAUACAAAUAGAUUAAUCAUGAAUGAACCCACUAUACCAGAAGAGGAAUUCCUACCUCCUAACUUUAGAAACAGAAUUGGGUCUUCUGCAACACUAGAAUUUCCUUCUGCUGCUGCAGCCGCUGCUCUUAGUAAUAGUCAUCACUUUAGUUUUGAUUCGCCAUUAUCCACGUCUUCGGACGAACAUUUGAUGUCACCACCUACGAAGGCUAAAGCACCGACACAGGGAGAACAACAACAAACAAUCACGUUCUUCCCAGAACUUCAUCGUACAUCGUAUAAUACCUUUUUGGGAAAGCAAUUAAAGCAACAUCAGAAACGUAGAAGAUCUUCUUCUUUACCACCUGCUUUCCUUCAUAAACAAAAGCAGCAACAUGUACCGACUCCGCUUAUAUUUACUCAGAUUCAAGUGACGGAUCCUACACCCGUUCAUCAUGUCCAAAAGGCAGCCAAAGUGGAUACAAGACCGGUUGCUAUCGAACGAGUUCAUAAACCUGUACCAAAACCAGUCACGUGUGACCCAGUCGAGACGCAAAAGAAGUUAGAAGACCAGUUAAUUCAGUUGAAUUUUGAAGAUGUAACUGUGGCGGAAUUAAAGGAGAUGUUACGCGAAAGAGGUCUGCCAGCAACGGGUAAAAAAGCCGUCUUGACCGAUCGACUCAGAGAUGCACGUGAUCUUCUCGUCAAGAAGAAGAGUGGGGCAUGGUUAAGGCCGGAUUCGGUUUCGCCUAAUCUGCAAGGUUUAGCCAACAUGACCAUUCAUUCGCCUUCUAUACCACCCAAUGAAUCCUUGUUUGUACCCAUUGAGCAUCACAACCGUCUAUUUAAUGAUCUAGAUAACACACUUUACCCGUCUGCAGUUCAAACAAAAGAUGGAUCUGUGUCACCAUCACUAGAGAACUACCAUUACCAUCAACCAGCCACAACCUCAGCAGGUGAAAAUGAAAUAGAUAUCAAUGACAUAUUUAAUUUCGAUCCAAAUCAUACCAUGCUGGAUGAUAAUGCCAUUUUAUUCCCUCCUCCUGUAUGGAACAGUGACGAUCUAGUUGUCAAUUCAGCUGAAUGGGAUCAAGACAAACUUGAUUUAUUCCUAACAGAAUUUGUUUAAUUCCUUUUCCCUUCCAUAUUAUACCAUUCUUUUUUUUUUUAUAUCUUUUUUUCUUUAGCGAUCACUCUUUUUUCAAUUAUAUCUCCUGAAUAAAUUAUUAAAAAAAAAUUAAAAAAUUA